AUGUCGAAGAAGCAGGAAGUGAAGUUCUACGGCUCCAGCGCCGCCAAGGACGAGCUGGUGUACGGCGUUGUGCACGUCUACGCCUCCUUCAACGACACGUUUGUCCAUGUGACGGAUUUGUCGGGUCGCGAAACCUUCUGCAAGGUCACCGGCGGUAUGAAGGUGAAGGCGGAUCGUGACGAAAGCUCCCCCUACGCCGCCAUGAUGGCCGCGCAGGACGUCGUGGCGCGCUGCAAGGAGUGCGGCAUCAACGCGCUGCACGUCAAGAUGCGUGCCACUGGCGGCGUUGGUACGCGGAGCCCUGGCCCCGGCGCUCAGGCCGCGCUUCGUGCCUUGGCGCGUGCUGGCAUGAAGAUUGGCCGCAUCGAGGACGUGACCCCGGUUCCUACCGACUCGACUCGCCGCAAGGGUUCUCGCCGUGGUCGUCGUCUGUAG